AGAAUUUUUUUUUCUUAUCUAUACAGCUUUCUCUCUGAACCUUCCAGCUUUCAUUUCCCAAUUCUCUCCCAGCCUCGGCGUGCUUUGAAAGCUCUACCCACUCGAGAUGGCUUCCAACUCGUCCUUCAAGCUUCUGAUCUUCCUCACCAUCUUGGUCCUCGCGGCCAUCGUCCCCGCCUUGGAUGUCAUGGAGGAUCUUGGCAAUGUCUACGAUGAUGACCACCUGCUGGGCAUUCCUACCUUUGAUGAACCUCGCGCCUUGGUCCCCCGCGCUGGAUUCGUAACUGUUACUGUUACAGACACUGUGUGUGCUCCUCCACCCGUGGCUACCACUUCUCAAAGCACGGGUACCACUGGAGCUCCGGGUGCUCCGCCAGCCCCUUCUAUGACCACCCUUUCUGAGACUACUGUGGUGACUGGUUCUGCUCCUACCGCCACUGGCCCAACUGGCACUGGUCCUACUGGUACUGGUCCUACUGGUAUUGUUCCCACUGGUGCUGGUUCCACUAUAGCUGGCCCUGUCAUCACCGCGACUGGAACGACUCUAUCGACUGGAACUCAAAGCGGUCCGGCUACUGGAACCGUUUCCACUAAGUCUUCUAGCGGGUCCAUUACUGCUCACCCAACUAGCUCCCAGUCUACAGGGCAAGCUGGUACUACCGCCACUGCCAGUGGUACUCAAACUUCCACCGUUGCCCCGACUUCUAAUGAAGCGGUUGCGCAGGGGAGACUGAGCAACAUUUUGCUGGUCCUGGCAACAACUUUCAUUGGCUUCCUAAUGACCUAAGCGUCCAUUGGCAUUGUGGUACCGGGUAACUACUCAUGACGUUGGUAAUUUCAUAGGGGUCUGGUGUUACAGGGUUGACUGUUUUCAGCAGUAUCUGGGAUGACUGACCAUGGAUUUCCUUGUCGUCUUGAGAAGGUCGCGUCGGAAUCGUUUUUUUGUGGUUACAAGUUUGCUACGGGGUGCAUUAGUGACUACACUCCCUGCUCCCAUUAAUAUUAAGACGAUCCAUGUUUGUUUACGGA